UUCUAUGCUGCAUGAGUGUUUUGGUUGUUGCGCCCGCUCAGCGCGUGGGAGACCGCUAUAUUUCGCAGCUCGCGCCAAGGCUCGAAUAUUUGUCGGCAGGGGGCGCGAGCCAGUGACAUUGCCCGAGACCAGUAAAUGUAAAUCUGGACUGGAGACUUGAAGUACUACGCAGUCAACGUGAGACCCUUCAGGAUCCGCGCGGUGCCCCCCACUCCUUCUUAAUAUAUCCCUGUCAACACUUUCCAGCGCGUUAUACCUGAAAACCCUCCAACGCGUUCAGCAUUGUUCCCGAAAAGAUGUUCGGGUGAUUUUUGAGAGUCAUCUGAUCACGUUUUUGCAUCGUUUUAGAGGGAGAGAAUAUCGAGAGACCCACAACACUCAAGUCUGUUGAUCCGGAUGAACGAACUGGUGAAAAAGUAAAAACUCGCAACAGAUUUGCUCGUGGACAACUUCUCUGAGGCUGAGGAGACAGCAGAAGCUAUGGCUUACUCUCUCUCACUCAGUCUGCUCUGCCUGGGCUUGCUGUGUGGAAACGGACUGGUGUCUGCACGAGGAUCCAAGCUGUUCACUGCAGAUCCCAGCAGAGGACCUCAUUUUACGGGCUGCCGCUCCAGAGAACAGGAGACCUUCCGUUGCUGGUGGAGCGCUGGGACCUUCCAGAACCUCACAGAGCCUGGAGCCCUAAGGGUCUUCUACCAGACCAAAAAUGCCCUCUCUAGUGAGUGGAAGGAGUGUCCAGACUACACACAUACUGUGGAAAAUGAGUGCUACUUCAACAAGACCUUCACGCACAUCUGGACCUCCUACUGCAUCCAGCUGCGCUCAGUUCCUCAGAACAUAACCUAUGAUGAGGCCUGCUUUACAGUGGAAAACAUUGUGCAUCCUGACCCACCAAUUGGGCUGAACUGGACUCUACUGAACGUGAGCCUCUCAGGGUUGCACUUUGACAUCCUUGUGCGCUGGGCUCCCCCUCCGUCAGCAGAUGUGCAGACGGGCUGGAUGAGUCUGGUGUACCAGGUUCAGUACCGGGUCAGGAACAACUCCCAGUGGGAGAUGCUGGACCUGGAGAGUGGCACACAGCAGUCUAUCUACGGUCUGCACACUGACAAAGAGUAUGAAGUCCGUGUGCGCUGCAAGAUGUCAGCCUUUGACAACUUUGGCGAAUUCAGUGACAGCAUCAUUGUACAUGUGGCACAGAUAGCAAGCAAAGAAUCAACAUUCCUGACGACGUUGGUGUUGAUUUUUGGAGUGAUUGGAGUGGUGAUUCUUCUUAUCCUCCUCAUCUUCUCCCAGCAGCAGAGAUUGAUGGUAAUCUUUUUACCACCUAUUCCUGCCCCUAAAAUCAAAGGCAUCGACCCAGAGCUGCUAAAGAAUGGAAAACUUGACCAGCUCAAUUCUUUGCUAAGCAGCCAAGACAUGUACAAGCCGGACUUCUAUCAUGAGGACCCAUGGGUGGAGUUCAUCCAGCUGGACCUUGAUGACCCUGCAGAGAAGAACAGUGGUUCUGAUACACAACACCUGCUGGGCCUGUCCCACUCGGACUCCUCUCGAGUCCUUAAUUUCAAAAGCGACGACGAUUCGGGUCGUGCUAGCUGCUACGACCCAGAAACCCCAGAUCCUGAGGACUUGGCUUCCCUUCUACCUGGCCAUUCUGGACGGGGAGAGCAGCACCCUCUGGUUUCCAGAAGCAGCUCGUCUAUCCCUGACCUUGGCGUCCAGCAGACAUCAGAAGUGGUGGAGACGCCCAUUCAAACGCAACCUGCUGUGCCCAGCUGGGUUAACAUGGACUUUUAUGCCCAAGUAAGUGAUUUCACACCAGCGGGAGGAGUGGUGCUCUCGCCUGGACAGCUGAACAACUCUCCAGAGAAAAAGAAAGAGGAAGAGAAUGAGAAGAAGAAGAUACAAUUACAGCUGCUUUCUGACGGAGCCUACACCUCAGAGAACAUGGCCAGGCAGCUUUCCAGCGACGUACCGCCCAGCCCUAGUCCUGAGCAGGGGUACCAAUCAUUGCCAACCCAGGCUGUUGAGGGGAACCUCUGGAAUGGGGAGUACUUGGUGUCCGCCAGCGAUUCCCAAACACCGUACCUGCUUCCCGAAGCUCCUCCAGUCCCCAUACUGCCACCAGUGUCAGACUAUACUGUAGCAGGAAGUGGACGCCCAGCACAGCCUCCUCCUGAAUCCUCCUUCCUCGCAACCCACGGUCUGUUCGCACAGCCCAAACAAACACCUCCCUGCAUUGCCAACCAUGCCAAUGGGGUACCUCACCCCAGACCUUCUGGGAAACCUGACUCCAUGAAGGGACUAAGAAGCGCAAAAGUUGAUGGUCUUGUUGUACCUUCUCACUGCUGGAAACCAAAGUUGCAUGAACAACACGGGACGGAAAUUCCAUUUUGUUUGGGAAUUCUGCACAUGGAUUUCCUCUGCUGUACGCUACAAAAUGGACGAAGCUGAAAACGUUUCUUUUCUAGCAGCUGUUGCAUUAGUGCUAUGCUAGCUCGCCAAGAGAGUUAUAAUGCGUUAUCGAUUUACAAUCAGAAACGUCAGCUGGUUACAUGCAAAAAAGAAAAAUCACUACAGAAAUAUGCUCGCUUGCUGUGUCAGAGAACCAUUUUGAAAAUGUGUUUAUGUUAUUACAAAGUUACAGGUGUAGAGCUACAGUGGCAUUGGGAUGAAAUAUAUUCGAUAAGAUAAAAUCAAAAAUAUCUUUAUACAAAAUUGUUUACACACAGAUAAAAGACGUAUCGCUUUACUGUGAUUCAUCAACCCACAUUUGCUCGUAUGUGGAAAAUUAAAUAUAUUUCGUUGCAUCACAGUAACUGAAACAUUUAGUUUUUGUUGUCUCAAUAGCUUUUCUCGAAUCUCCACAACACUGAUCUUGUUAUCUUCCCCAAAUUUAUGGGAGCCAUUUUGUGUGCUGCAUCCAUCCUGCACGUUUUAUCCUUCGCCAUAGCCAUAUGGAUAAACUUAGCAAAUGAGCUUUUUCCAAUAUGCUAAAAUACAAAAAAAAUAGGGCUGUGGUGCAGAUGUGUAUUUUAGCACCACUAUAUGUGACUGUAAUAUUCGCGAUUAUUGUUAGAAAAUGUUGAGACAGGUGUUUGUAAUGAUGUUAGGCCACUGAACAAACUGUUACCUUGCCUUGUUCAAAGAGCGAGAAAUGAAUUCGUCUAUAUUUGUAUUAAUAUAUCCAGGGGAAAUGUCAAAAAUGAAGCGCUUGUAGAGUCUUUGCUGUGCAAUGCAAACCGAAUGGCAGGUUUUCUUAUAUUUUACCUUUGUACAUGUAGCAGUUUUAUAUUGAUGAAGACACUAUAAAUGUGUACAUGCAUUUACAAUGGGAGUUACAUUAUGGAAUAGCUGGGAAAGUGCCAAUUUUGGACUUGUUUUAUUACAAGAAGACUUGCCAUUAAAUGAAGCUAUAUAAUUUUUGCCAGGAUAAUUUACUCAAUGACGGGACAAAGCUGCUUUUAAAUAGAGCAAUUUUAUUAAAUAAUGCAUUAUAAUAUAAGAAAUAAUAACUGGAGAUUUUUUUAUUUGCAAUCAUAGACUGUUAAGAGUUCUCAAGCCACAUUGAAAACUUAGUCGGUGGAUUUCUCACAAAUGUAAUUCUAUGCUGUUGAUAAGUUUGUACAGAAAAAGUGUUGCUUGUUAAGUUGUAUACAUGAGCUUAUUUUGAGCGCUUUGUCACUCUUACAUGUUCUCUGUUUUUAGAGAAACACAGUGGAGGUAUAUGAUGGUGAAGAAGGAGCCUUUGGACUACAGGCUUAAUUGGUCCUGGGUUUGCCUAUGAUGCUUGAAUACUGGGUCCUAACAUGUUUUAGGUGUCUGUUGAAGUUGCAGUGCCUUCCAAAAGCACUUAAUUUUCUAUUAAGUUGAAUUGUGACCCAAAUUUUUUCAGGCUCCAAAGAUAUCAGACAGUCCCACAAACGUUUCUUUUUCUUUUACAAACCCUUGCUCUUAAUACUUAAUAUUGCAUAUGCCAACAGAAGCUAAAGGAAUAGUUCAUCCAGAAAUGAUAAUUCUGUCUAUAGUUAAGCAGUUUUUGCAAAGACAGUAGUGACCGUGAUUUUAAGAUUUAAAAAAUUACCAAAAAAGAUCCAUAAAGGUGGUCAGUAUGACUAUGUGCUAUAUUCCAAGUCACCUGAUGUCAAUCGAUAUCUUUGUGAGAAGAACAGACCGAAAUUGAAGCCGUUGUUCACUGAUACUUUAUCUCUAUUCAGACUGGGUCAUGAAGUCAGUGAGUUGAACUCUGAUCCAAAAAACUCAAAAGAACAAUUUCCGGUUCACUGAUUCAGCAGUUCUCGAGUUGACAGCUCAUUGGAGAGGAAAAUUUCCAUUGAAUAACAGCUUUAGGGAAUAUAGUCCAAGGCACGUAUGGAUCUUUUUUUUUUGGUUUCAUUUUCGGAGC